AUGGGCAGUGUCGAUGUCAACGAGCUGCGCCAAGUGACACUCGGCAAGAAACUCGGCGCCGGUAGUUUUGGUUCAGUGUACGCCGGCAUUCUCCCCAGUGGGCGUUUUGUGGCGGUGAAGGAGUUGGAGCUCGCCGAAGAUGCUCCUACCAACACGGAGGUGGAGAUUCACAAGAAGCUGGUGCACGAAAACAUUAUCCGCUAUCUUCACAGCCACAUCGACACUGAAAGCACGCCGAAGCGUCUGUUCGUGUACCUCGAGUUUGUCACUGGAGGAUCCGUGACAUCGCUAAUGAAGAGUCUUCCGAAUGGGCACCUACCGGGCCCGGUGGUAAGCGUGUACGCGCGCCACAUGUUUUCUGGGCUGGAGUACCUGCACAAGAAUCAGGUGGCCCACCGCGAUAUCAAGGGGGACAACCUUCUUAUUUCCAUGGAUACCGGUAUAGCAAAGCUCGCGGACUUUGACCAGGCGAAGAUCAUGACGACGCACGGCACGCUGCGCAAGGCGGCGACUGCAACGUUGGCAGGCACGCCAUACUGGAUGGCGCCGGAGGUCAUCACAGAUGAGAAUGGGUACGACCCGUUCAAGGCUGACAUAUGGUCUGCUGGCUGCACGGUGGCUGAAAUGAUAACGGGGCGACCGCCGUGGGUACCGAUGUCGAAUGUGAUGCACAUCAUGAAUAAACUCGCCAUGUCCUCAGGGUGGCCUGACGCCGUCCCGAAGGAUCCCAAGGUUUUAGGUUCUCAGGAGGCUUACGACUUCCUCGAUCUGUGCUUCCGCCGCACUGUUUCGGAGAGACCCGAUGCCACGACACUGCUGAAGCAUCCUUUUCUCCAGGCGCAGCAUUAG